AUGGAGAAGAUCAGGACGAAGUUACCCAACCCUGCGAAAAUCUGGCGACGCAGAAGCUCCGUUGAGCAGACAUCGCGAUAUGUCGGCGAGCAUGCUGGCUAUGACAACACUCCGCUUCCGAGGUUGACGUGGAAGGGAUUCUGGAUGGGCAUGCUAGUGUCUAUGGGAGGUUUUGUCUUCGGGUAUGAUACUGGUCAGAUUUCCGGGUUCCUGGGCAUGGUCGACUUCCUCCGGCGCUUCGGCCAGAGACAUGCAGAUGGCACGCCCUACUUCUCCAACGUACGCUCCGGACUCAUCGUGGGUCUAUUGUCCAUAGGCACAUUGUUUGGCGCGUUGAUUGCAGCGCCGAUCGCAGAUUGGAUUGGGCGGAAGAUGAGUAUCAUAUGGUGGUGUGGCAUCUUCUCUGUGGGCAUCAUCGUGCAGAUUGCCGCCACAGAUGAGUGGUAUCAGGUCAUGAUGGGCAGGUUCGUUGCCGGUCUUGGUGUUGGUGCACUGAGUCUACUCGUGCCCAUGUACCAGGCGGAAACCGCACCUCGACACAUCCGCGGAGCGUUGAUCUCCACAUACCAACUGUUCAUCACGUUCGGCAUCUUCCUGGCCGCAGUCUUCAACUACGCUGCAGAGCGCCACCAAUCCGGAAAAGCAGCAUCCUGGCAAAUCACGCUCGGGCUCUCCUUCGUACCUGCCGCUAUUCUCGCCGUCGGUAUAUUGGCCUUUUCCGAAACACCUCGCUUCAACUACCGUCAUGGUAAGAUCGACAAGGCCACUGAGACCAUGUCGGAAGUAUAUGGAGUACCAACCAACCAUUAUAGCAUCCAGCUAGAGCUUGAGGAGAUGAGAGUUAAGCUUGAAGCCGAAAGCAAGCUCGCGAAUGGACCCAUACAAGAAUGGUUGGGUAUGUGGAUGGCACCAAAGAUGGCAUACAGAUUGGCGAUUGGCAUGGGCUUGCAGAUGUUCCAACAGUUGACAGGCGCCAACUACUUCUUCUACUACGGUACCGUAGUUUUUGCUGGCACUGGUAUUAAGAACUCGUUCGUGACGCAGAUGAUCUUGAACGGUAUCAACUUCGGUGUCACCUUCUACGGCCUCUACAUCGUCGAGCACUACGGUCGUCGAAAAUCGCUCAUUGCCGGCUCAUGCUGGAUGUUCAUCUGCUUCCUCAUCUUCGCUUCGGUGGGUCACUUUGCCCUGGAUCGCGAUAACCCAGAGAAUACCGAGAGUGCAGCCACGGCGAUGAUCUGCUUUGCUUGUUUCUUCAUCUUCGGUUUUGCGACAACGUGGGGUCCGAUGAUCUGGACAAUCUGCGGGGAAUUAUACCCCAGCCGCUAUCGCGCGAAGGCCAUGGCUCUAUCAACGGCAUCAAACUGGUUGUGGAAUUUCCUUCUCGCCUUCUUCACGCCCUUCAUCACCGGUGCCAUAGACUUCCGCUACGGCUACGUCUUCGCCGGGACAAAUAUCCUUGGUGGUCUUAUCGUAUACUUCUUCGUCAUUGAAGGCCAAGGUCGCACACUUGAAGAAAUCGAUACCAUGUACCUGAUGGGUGUCAAGCCAUGGGAAAGCGCAAAAUGGGUCGUUCCCAGCUUGGAAGAGAUGAGUGGAGAUAUGAGGGUUAAGCUCGAAUCGGCAAACCCGGAGCUGGCCCUCAAGAAAGAGACUAAUGGAGGGACGGCUGACGGCAAUGCUAGUGUGAGGCACGAAGAAGAUGGCGAGGCGAUUCGCGGGAGUGAGACUAUGAGAGACGGGAGUGAAGAGGGGUUGAGGGAGAAAUCCGAGGUGGAGCCCAUGCGCCAUUCAUUGAGGCCUGGAGAGGCAACGAGCCCGACCGAUAUCGUUCAUAACGAAACUGAUCGCGGCAACUUCGGCAAAGAUAUCGACUACAACCGCGAGCGGUCGCCAAGCGAUGACACUUCCAGCGAGAACUCAGCUCAGGCUGGUGUGAAGCGCAUCGAAGCUGUGAGUAAGGCAUGGACGAAGACUUCGCUCAUCGUCGCCUAUGUCACCCUUCUACUUAUCGCCAAUGUCACAUCUCUCGAGAUUCAGGUCACUAGUGGUUUGACGCCAUAUGCCACGAGUGAUUUUGCGCUGCAUUCACUCGUCUCCACAAUCUAUGUAGUGCAGGGUGUCGUAGCUGGAGCGCAAAUUUUCUGGGCAGCCGGUUUCAACGGUCUAGGAGUUUUGCAACAGAUCUUCGUCGCCGAUACUACGGAUCUGCUCAAUCGUGCUCUUUUCUCCACCUUGUUUGACCUGCCCUUUCUCUGGACUACAUGGGCCGGGCCUGAAAGCUUGGUGGCAUUUUACAUGUCGGUCUUCCCAUACUUCAACUCUUACCUCCAGAUCGUCCAGGGCCAGUCUUUCGCUACGGCCGGAUACAUCACACGAGUUUUCACCUUCGCUUCGACUGUUUCAUCAAUUGUAGUUUCGCUCCUCAUAAAAUACACAGCGCACUACAAGUACUACACAACCUUGGGCGCGGCCAUCUACUUGAUGGGCAUGGGCCUCAUGCUGGCUUACCGGACCGAAGACGCAUCUACCGGUACCCUCGUCGGUACCCAAAUCGCCAUCGGAAUAGGCGGAGGCUUCUUGAACGUCCCCGUCCAACUUGCUGUUCAAGCAUCGUCCUCCCAUCAACAAGUCGCAGCCGCAACGACAGUCUGGCUGACUAUCCUGGAAGUCGGUGGUGCAGUAGGAUCAGCCAUCUCAGGCGCCAUCUGGUCAACCUACAUCCCCGCCAAACUGCAACAGUACCUUCCCACGGAAAACGUAGCGGAGUAUUCAACUAUCUACGGUAGUCUUGUCGUUGCAGCAGAUUACGUUACUUAUCCUGCUGGAUCACCCGUCCGCAUUGCUAUCAACCAGGCGUACCAAGAGACGAUGCGGUACCUACUCAUUGGAGCUCUUUGUUGCGCGGCACCUAUCGUUCCAUUGACAUUUUGCCUCAAGAACUACAAGCUGGACCAGAUGGAUCAGAAGGUUGUUGGUAAUGUCAUUGGUAGUGCUGAGAAGAGGGAGAAAGCCAAGAGUUGGCGGUUUUGGAAGCGAUAG